CGGGAAAAUGCGGGAAUUUGUGGGUGUGAAUCAAGAAGAUGCCGUCUUCACUGUUUUCAGCAUUUGCUUGUCGCUGUUCCACGCCUCUCAAGCCUCUGCUCAGCACCACCACCACCCCUAUCCUCCGCUACUCUUUUCUCCUUCCUAUACAGUCAAAAUCUUCUCCUCCUCCUGCUUCAAAACCAAAUAAUAAGAAAAAUCCCUUGUUCUCGAAUAUGGAGCGGUUCUUGACGACUAGAGUUAGUAAGGAAAAGAACAAGGGAUUGGUGGCAAAUCUAAAGCGAUAUGGUGUAAUUAGGUCGCCAAAGGUAGCUGAAGUGAUGGUAAAUAUUGAUAGAGGUUUCUUUGUACCUGAUGGGAACGCGGCUUAUGCAGAUAGUCCAAUGCCAAUUGGUUUUAAUGCCACUAUUUCUGCACCUCAUAUGCAUGCUACAUGCCUUGAGUUGUUGACGGAUAAUUUACUGCCUGGGAUGCGGGCACUCGAUAUCGGUUCAGGAUCUGGGUAUUUGGUAGCAUGUUUUGCAAGUAUGGUUGGACCGCAAGGUCGUGCAGUGGGUAUAGAGCAUAUCCCUGAGCUGGUUUCUGCUUCAAUUGAGAAUAUCCAAAAAAGUGCUGCAUCACCAUUUCUGGAACUAGGUUCACUUUCUGUACAUGUUGGUGAUGGUAGGAAUGGUUGGCCGGAGUUUGCACCAUACGAUGCUAUUCAUGUAGGCGCAGCAGCUACAGAAAUUCCAAAACAACUUAUCAACCAGUUGAAGCCCGGGGGUAGACUGGUGAUCCCAGUUGGUAACAUCUUCCAGGAUUUGAAGGUUAUAGACAAGAACCAGGACGGCUCAAUCACCGUGCACGAUGAAACUGCUGUUCGCUUUGUACCACUGACUAGUAAAGAUGCGCAACUGCGAGGUUAUUGACGUCCACACCCUACCUACGUGAGCUUGCUCUUUGUUGCUUUAGUUCCUGAAACUUUCUGUUUUGGUGGUUAGUCUUAGUAGUUUCGUUAAGGUGUUAGGAUGCAAUCUGGUUGGUCGGCCUGCACAGUUUUUUGACCACCUGCCGAUGUUUGGUUGGUUAUCUACCUCUAGUAUUGUAAGUUGUUGUUAUUUCGUACUUCUUCCAUGUAGUGAUAAAUGGUUCUUUGGUCUUUGAUGCAUAUUUACAUCAGAUGGUUGUCGAGCUCCAGAAAUUGGAGCUUGAAAUUAAGGUGCUUGUUAAUAAAAUCCAGAGUUGAAUAGUA